AUGCCUGGCGUGACUGUUCGUGACGUUCCUGCUCAGGAUUUCAUUAAUGCCUACGCUGCCUUCCUGCAGCGCCAGGGUAAGCUCGAGGUCCCUGGUUAUGUUGAGGUCGUCAAGACCUCUGCUGGCAAGGAGCUCCCUCCCCAGGACUCUGAGUCCUGGUUCUACAAGCGCAGCGCCUCCAUCGCCCGCCACAUCUACAUCCGCAAGGAUAUCGGUGUCGGCCGUUUGAACAAGCGUUACGGCUCCACCGUCAACCGUGGCAACCGCCCCUCGCACCACAAGGAUGCUUCUGGCUCCAUCAACCGCAAGGCCCUCCAGGCCCUGGAGAAGCUUGGCAUUGUUGAGCAGACCCACAACGGUGGCCGCCGUGUUUCCACCACUGGCCAGCGUGAUUUGGACCGUAUUGCUGCCCAGACUCUUGCCAGCUUGGAGGAUGACGAGUAA